CACACAGCAGACCAGACGCGAGUGAGGGAGGCGAACUUCUAGAGUGGACGAAGAACGUCCCGUCGUCGCCGCUGCUGCCUUGUGGCGUGCCAGCCAGUGGGUCGGGUCUCUGAAUAAGAAGAAGAAGAAGCAGGCAGCAGUAGUGUGCCCCUAGCUGGUGUCCCCGCCGGUCGCAUAUGUCCUCCUCCCGGUCGCUACCCGGACCCCCGUCUUCGUCAUCGUCUGCGUCACCAUGUUCUCUUGGAUAAGCAAAGAGGAGAAACGCCGUCAGCUCCAGAUGUGUGAGACGGUCCUCGAGGGCCUCAAGACGGUCUACAAGCACAAGGUGCUGCCCUUGGAGAAGGCCUACCAGUUCCAGGACUUCCACUCGCCGCCCCUCGAUGACACGGACUUCGACGCCAAGCCCAUGAUCCUCCUGGUGGGGCAGUACUCCACGGGGAAGACCACCUUCAUCAGGUACGUCCUCGAGAAGGACUUCCCCGGCAUCCGCAUCGGGCCCGAACCCACGACGGACAGCUUCGUCGUGGUCAUGCACGGCGACAGGGACGGCAUCAUCCCGGGCAACGCCCUCGUGGUCGACCCCAAGAAGCCCUUCCGACCUCUGUCCAGGUACGGCAACACCUUCCUCAACAGGUUCCAGUGUUCGAACGUCGACUCGAGCGUCCUGAAGGGCAUCACGAUCGUCGACACGCCCGGGAUCCUGUCGGGGGAGAAGCAGAGGGUCGACAGAGGGUACGACUUCCACGCCGUCUUGGAGUGGUUCGCCGAGCGCGUCGACAGGAUUAUCCUCCUCUUCGACGCCCACAAACUCGACAUCUCCGACGAGUUCAGGUGCUUCCUCGAGAGACUCAGAGGUCAGCACGACAAGAUCCGCAUCGUCCUGAACAAGGCUGACAUGAUAGACCAUCAGCAGCUCAUGAGGGUCUAUGGGGCGCUCAUGUGGUCCCUGGGCAAGAUCCUUAACACCCCGGAAGUCGAGAGGGUGUACGUCGGGUCGUUUUGGAAUCAGCCGCUGAGAUACGACAUCAAUAGAACGUUAUUCGAAGCAGAAGAGCAAGAUUUGUUCGCAGACCUUCAGUCUCUACCUCGCAACGCUGCUCUUAGGAAGCUCAAUGAUCUCAUCAAGAGAGCACGGUUGGCCAAGGUCCACGCGUACAUCAUCUCGGAACUGAAAAAGGAAAUGCCCUCGGUCUUUGGCAAAGAAGGCAAGAAGAAGGAACUGAUCAAGAACCUGGGUCAGAUCUAUGAGAAGAUUCAGAGAGAGCACCAAAUAUCCCCCGGGGACUUCCCAGCGAUCAAACGUAUGCAGGAACAACUACAGCACCACGACUUCACAAAAUUCAAUAUUCUAAAGCCGCGACUUCUGGAGGCUGUCGACAAGAUGUUGGCAGAGGACAUCGCGCGCUUGAUGGCCAUGAUUCCUGUAGAGGAGGCAACAACCAGUAAAGAAGCCAGCGUCAUUAGAGGUGGUGCUUUCGAUGGUGUGAUGAACGACAACACAGUCUUCGGCUAUGGCAGAGGCGAGGGUGUUGAUGCAGGGUCUGGCGAACCUGAGUGGAUCGUAGCCAAGGACCGUUACAAGUAUGACCAGCUGUUUGACAAUCUCAAUCCAGUUGAUGGCAAAGUCACUGGGUCAGCUGCCAAGCAGGAAAUGCUCAAGUCCAAACUCCCCAACUCUGUGCUCGGAAAGGUCUGGAAGCUGUCCGACAUCGACAAGGACGGCAUGCUGGACUCUGACGAGUUCGCCCUCGCUAUGCACCUCAUCAACGUCAAGUUAGAUGGCAACGACCUCCCCAAUGAGCUCCCCGAUCAUUUAGUGCCUCCAAGCAAGAAAGGGUUCAAAGCAUAGUACUGUAACAUAGAUUAUUAGAAUGCGAAAGUCGUGUGUGCCGCGUGAAAGUUUAUUAUACAGUCUCUUCAGAAUUCACAUGAAGAACGGAAGACUUUGAUUAUUAUUUUGUAUUUUUGCUGAGUUAUAAGGAGUUUUAUAAGUCAUCAUCUUGAUGUAAUGCAUUGGGAGACUGCCCAGUUCCUGACGGGCAACGUACGUACGUUUGGUCGAAGGAGUUUUCUUUAUCGUUUCGCCUUAAUUGUAAUAUGAUAUACGAGCUUGUCAUGUUGUCAUGUAACUCGUGUGAUUUUUUAUAUAAGAGCACAUGAUCUAGCGAAGCAGCGAGAUGAUUUAUUUUUGAGAUUUUUUGAUCAACAUUUUCAAUCUAUAUUUUUUAAAGAAGUCAACAUAGGUUUUUUAAAUUUAGUGUUUGGGAAUAUAUAAUAAAAAAACAAGACUUUUCGUCUCUGCUGAAACAUUUUCCUGUACUGUACAUAGCAUGUAAAUGUACCAAGAAGUACGUACUCCAUUGGUUGGAAAAGGAUUAACUACUAAUUCUGAAGCGGAAUUUUAUGCAUUAUUUAUUAAACUGCAAUCUUUCAGCUCUAGCGUGUCCUGUACAUACGUAAACACGUUUCAAGCUUCAUGUAAUGUAUGAUGUGGAAAACAAUGAAAAUAACAGAAGAGUUCAGUCAUUAGAAAAUUUUCAGGGGAGACUCAAAAGUUAUAAGGUCUAUUGUGUACAUUAUUACUUUGAUGUCCAAUUAUACCAACUUGAUAAGGCCUUGCAGCCUGGAUUUUCUAAAUUGUGAUGGUAGACAUGUAACUAGUAUCGCAGGUUUUUUACUUGGAGAGAGAGCGCGUGAAAGAGAGAGAGAGUGUGCAUGUGUUACGAGAUGAAGGCCAGAUUCAAGUUUUAGUGGAGUGCAACGGAUCCGAACAGAUAGUUACGUAAAACAGCAAGCAGUUGUAUUAAUGCCACAAUUUUUUUCCCAGGUUCACUCAAAUUAAUUAUGGUUAGUACACCUCCAAAAAAAAAAAAAAAAACUUCAAAAGGCUUUGCUACCUAACAUUGCACUUCACUCUCUUGACGACUGCCUCUCAUUGUUUCAGUCAGUGUUCUAGAUGGUAUUCUUUUGCUGAUUUCAGAUUUCUAAUUUUUUUUUCUUUUCUAUUGAUGUCAAGUAAUUCCUUCUUUGUUUUUGUGUUAUAGUGUAUACUGUAGUAUGAAAUUGGAGAUCUAUCAAGUAUUUAUGGAAAAACUGAAUAACUCCAUUGACAGGGGUCUUCAAACUUGAAAAAAUGUAUAUCAAUAAACUUUUUGCACGAAAGAGCUGCAUCGAAGUAUCAGUUUCUGCUCCAUUCCUCUUUGUAGUUUAGGAUUGCAACAUACGAUCUUUUUUUUAUUUCAUCGGUGGGUAAAGGUAAUUGAUUCUUUUUUUUCUAAGGAGUCUGCAACAACUGGUACUUCAGUGCAUCUUGAAAUAGCCCAUGGGUAUGCUAUCAAUAAUCACGCAAGUGCCGUAAACAGUUUUCUUGUACGCUGAAUUUGUACGUUUUGAGUUUUUAUUACAGUACGGAGUAUUUAGCCAUGAACUUCAAGAUUCCUCUUCUAAUUUUUUGUCAUAAAUUUUUUGCAUUGCUUUAUAAGGUGCUAGACAACAUACUGUACUUUUUUUGCUUGACUAGGCUUGGCUGUCGAAGAAGAAAAUAAUUAUAUUGUCACUGUGAAUAUCGGGUGAACUUCAUUCCAACAUUUGUACGUAGUUGUCGGUUUAACCCAUUGGACCAAGUGUGACGUAUAUCCUAGGGUGAUUUUGUUACCGUUGGAUGCACCAAGAGAUAUCGGAUGUAGUUUUUGUUAUUUAUUCAUAAAAAAAGAAAUUUACAGGCUAGGUAAAGCUCAAAUAUGCUGUUGUUUUUCAUCUGUAAGUAGAUAAAUUCAUCUUCGUACUUUUGUCAUUUGAUUCGUAUUUUUUUCAACAGAGAAGUAAGCAGGUAUUCUGUUCUUGUAGUGUGUAUUGGGGGCUUUGAAUUCCUCUUUGGGGGAAUCCUUUGAUUGAAUCUUAGAGGAUUAAAGAUGAUAUUCUUCAUUUCUCAGGUAGGUUUUGGUUCUUAUCAAUUCAGCAAACUGCCUUAAGCCGUCUUCGGUGUGACACGUAAGUUUGCGUGUAUACUUCGCAAUUAGCGACUUAUUAUUUUGGAUAAAAGGUUAAAGUUAGUUUUACAGUCCACAGGCCCCAAAACUUACAUUUAUUUUUUUCAGUAGUUUAUUAUUGUAAAUGUCUUGUAAAUAAGAGUUUCAGUUCUAUCUGUAAUUUUUGAAAUUGGAAAGUGUAAUUGUUGCCAACUGCUUUAGACAACCAAAGAAAUCACUUGUUUAUAUGCCUGUAAAUGGAAAACUUUUAAGAUUUAUAUUGUUUAUUGAUAUAAGGUCAGCCUAAAUGGGAAAGAAUAUAUCUAUUAUUAUUAUAUUACUUUAUAAAUAAAUUAUGAAUAUUG